AUGGGUCGUCAGAUGAUGUGUAUGUUACAGCUUGUGGAGUUUCUGUGUCUGUUUCUGCGCUCCGCCGAGGCGGUGAGUAUUUUCCAGGGACAUCCACAGCGGGUUUCUCACUCUUUGUCCCGUCAGGAUCGCAACAUCCGAUUCAUCGCUGGGGAAAGUCGGUUCAACCGCGAAUACUUCGACAACUUCUCCUUCAGCAUACGCAACGAUCAGAUCUUUCUGGAGAUGAACCUGCGGCGGCCCCUGCCGAAGGGCUGGCGGGCCCGCCUGGACUUCCAGCUGCGGGUGGGCAACACGAAGAGCUUCCAGAGCCUGUUCUCCACCAGCGUGGACGUGUGCCACAUUGUGAACGCCGCCAAGGUGAAUCUGUUCAAAAAGUGGUACAAGAACAUGCUCAAGUACGGCAACUUCCUGCGCCAGUGCCCCCUCAAGGCGGGCCACUACUACCUGAGGGGCUGGCAGUUCGGGGAGGGCCUGGUGCCGCCGUUCAUAACGAGCGGCUCGUACCGCCUGCAGACCUACAACUUCUACGGCAAGUACAAGGGCAAAGACGAAGACUUCAUAAUGAGCUGCACGGCCGAGGCCAUCAUCCAUCAGCCAUCAUCUGAUCUGGCAUCGAAUGGCUAA